AUGUUCGGCUCUUUUCCAGCCCAGCAGCCAGACUGGUCGAAUGUGGGGGUCAUCAGUCGUUGUCAGCUCUCUCCCCGGUCGUAUUUUUUCCUCUAUGAGUCCGAGAAGGAUGGAUUGGCUGGAUCCCUGGAUCAUGCAUGUUCCCUCUGUCUCAGCGGUAAAUGGAAGUUCCAUCACGAUCGCAAUCCAUUCGAGGCACCUCAGGGGUUUCACCGACCUGGCUACGACACGACAGACUGGCCCGAGAUUGAUGUCCCCGGCCACUGGCAGUUGCAGGGCUGGGGAAAGCCACAGUACUCCAACAUCAACUACCCCUUUCCGGUGGAUCUGCCUCACGUUCCACUUGAUCAGAAUGAAACAGGCAGCUAUGUGCGGAAGUUUACUAUACCGACAUCCUUUGUUGGUCAACAGCUGCGACUGAGAUUCGAAGGGGUCGAUUCCGCUUUUCAUGUAUAUGUGAACGGAAUCGAGGUCGGGUAUUCGCAAGGAGCCCGCAACCCCGCUGAGUUUGAUAUUACCUCCAUGGUCUCUCCGAAGGAGAAUAUUCUCGCUGUGAGUGUCUAUCAAUUCUGCGAUGGCAGCUAUCUGGAGGAUCAGGAUCAGUGGCGACUCAGUGGAAUCUUCCGGGACGUCUACCUUCUGGCCUUUCCCAAAGCACACAUCGAGGACGUUCACGUUCAGACACGGCUGGAUGAUGAAUACAUGGAUGCUCUGCUUGAAAUCGGACUAUCGCUGCAAGGAAGCGGAACCGUUGCCUUGAAGCUUCUAGAUCAGGAUAAUCAAACUAUUCUCACAGAGAUGAGGCAGGCUGAUGGCGCCUCAUGUAUCAGCAUUACCAUACCCGUGGAUCGGCCUCACAAAUGGAGUGCAGAGCAUCCUUAUCUGUACCGGCUCAUCAUUGCCUUUAACAAUCGCUUCAUUGUUCAGAAUGUCGGGUUUCGGAGGAUCGAGGUGAAAGGCGGCCUCUACCUUGUCAACGGACAGCGCAUCGUGUUUAGAGGGGUAAACCGACACGAACACCACCCGCGGUACGGCCGUGCAGUGCCUUAUGAGUUCAUGAAGAGAGAUCUGUUGAUGAUGAAGAAACACAACAUCAAUGCUAUUCGAACCUGUCACCAGCCGAGUGACCCACGACUCUAUGACCUUGCCGAUAAGCUAGGGCUUUGGGUUAUGGACGAAGCGGAUCUGGAAUGUCAUGGCUUUCUCACCGUUGAUCGAGUGGGAUUGUCUGACGAAGACAGACGCAAGAGCUACGAGGAUCGAAUAGCCUUGCUAUAUACUCGCCCCGGUCGCUUCACCACAGACAACAAUACAUGGAAACAGCAAUACGUCGACCGCGCCGUUCAACUCUGCCAAAGAGACAAAAACCAUCCCUCUGUUGUAAUGUGGUCUUUAGGAAAUGAAUCGUUUUAUGGCUGCAAUAUCCAGGCAAUGUAUGAUGCUAUCCGCGCGAUUGACCAGACUCGACCGAUCCACUAUGAGGGAGACAAAAAGCACCAGACGGUCGAUAUCUGGUCUCUUAUGUAUCUCAGUGUUGAGCAGCUGACCCAGCAUGCAAUGGAACCAAAUUUCUCUAUGCCUCUCAUUCUGUGUGAAUACGCCCAUGCGAUGGGAAAUGGGCCGGGCAAUCUCAAAGAAUACAUCGAGGCAUUCUACCGAUACCCACGCUUGCAAGGUGGUUUUGUUUGGGAAUGGGCCAACCAUGGACUCUGUUCUGAGACUCAGACCGGAGAGGAGUUUUUUGCCUAUGGAGGUGAUUUUGGAGACGAGCCCAAUGACUAUAAUUUUGCCCUUGACGGGCUAUUGUUCUCUGACCACACUCCGACUCCAGGGCUUAGAGAGUAUAAGAAGGCAAUUGAGCCGGUUCAGGUUCAAUGUUAUGCCGAUGGAACGGUUCAAAUCAUUAAUCGCUAUGAUAUCAUCACCUUGGAUCAUCUGUACUGUGAGGCCUCUGUGAUUGGGGAUGGAUGUAGAUUGCCACUCGGGGAGGUCUCAAUUCCGCCGGGAGUUCCUCCACACACCGGUGCUGCGAUGCGUCUUCCCAAGACCGCCCUUGUUCAGUGGCAAGGGGAGGCCUAUCUUCAGCUAGACUUUCGUCUCAAGGAGUCAAAUCCGUGGGCCCAGAAAGGCUAUUUGGUGUCAACCUCGCAGGUGCAGAUCAGUCCGCCGCACAAUGAGGCUUCGGUUCCGAGCAGCUUGGUGCCCCUGAGUAUCGCCAUCACUCCAAGCAGUCUAUCGAUGGGCUGUCCGGGAACUGAGUGGGAGUUUUCCCUCGCCUCGGGCAGGCUUUCGUCUUGGAAAAAAUCUGGCACGGAGCUCAUUCACGCUGGCCUCGGACCGGUGCUCGACAUUUGUCGGGCCAUGACUGAUAACGACCGGCGACAGGAUGGAGUGGACUGGGUGGAAAAAUUCCUAUACUUCAGCAAAUCCCACACUCGCUCUGUCUCAUGGUCCACGGUAGACCCCACAUCUUCGUCGAUCCAAGUCACCGUGAACAGCCGCCUUGCUCCGUGUGCUCUGUCCUGGUUCAUUGAUGUCACCACAAAGUAUACUUUCCGAUCGGAUGGAAAAGUGCAGCUAAUAUGUAAUGGUGACGCCGGGGGGGAGAAUUUGCCUCGCACGCUGCCGCGUAUCGGGCUCGUCUUCGGCUUGCCUUUGACGUUGGAUCACGUACAGUGGUUUGGACGGGGACCCGGGGAGAGUUACAAGGACAAGAAGCUCUCGCAGAACUUUGGAACCUGGGACUCGCGCAUUGAAGACUUAUUUGUCGAUUAUGAAUUUCCACAGGAAUCAGGAAACCGAACGGACGUCCGAUGGGUCAAAUUGAGCAGUGGCCGCGAUACCAGUGAGUCUGGUGCGUCCCUGAAGGCCAGCUUCGGACGCCAGGCGGGGUUUAGCUUCAUGGCUAGCUACUACACUUGGAAAGACUUGGAAAAAGCCAAGCAUCGCUACGAUUUACACCGUGUUCGCAAGGAUUAUAUCACUUUGCGGCUCGAUGCGGACCAUCACGGUUUAGGAUCAGGGAGCUGUGGGCCGAAGACGAGGGAGGAGUAUGCAUUGAAGCCAGGAGCAUUUACUUUUGAGAUCUAUCUCGAAUAG